UUUUAACAACUUAAGCGACAUACGCCAUUAGAAAUAAGGAGACUUCUGCAAAAUGGGUCUUCAAAUAUCAACGGGGUUUGGAAGAUGGUUUGAACCUGAAUUGUACCCUUAUGAGAAAGAGAAUCCUACUUUUGAUCCCAAUUAUGGAUUUUCAAAUGGUCGUAAAGAGAGAGAGCCUCCAAUCUCCUAUGAACAGAUGGUAUCAGCUAAAGUGCCAGAAGAAUUUCGUGAUUACUGCGCCCAUUAUUAUAUCGACUUUAAAAAAUGUCUACUGAAGUCAGUUCCAUUCGGAUACAGAUGUAACCAUGAAAAACACCACUUUGAAGAGUGUCAACAGAAUGAAAUGAUUAGUAGAAUGAAAGAAUAUGAACGUGAAAAGCGACUAUUACAACGGGCCCAUAGAAAGAAGCUACAAGGAGCAGUUGACAAUGUGGAGGUAUUGGAGGAUUAGACAUUAGUUUGAUAGAAAACAUUUGUAAAUAUAGACCACACCCUGGAAUGUGUUACCCAAUUGGCCGUGACACCAUGAAUAUCUUACAUCAGGGAAAAUUACACGAAGUUGCAUCAGUUUUAUGUUGGGGAAAAAAUUAAUAAAAAUUGAUAUUUUUUGUGA